GAAGGAAGUAUGCCGUGAAGCCCUUUAACGAAAGAAAUGCGCCCUCAUUGGUUUCCACGGUGUUUACGGAGCGAGAGCCAAUCAUAUGUGCCCGCUGAUCCAGGUGAUAUCCCUCCUACCAGUAUCUCCGGAGUAGGUUUAUUUUGGUUUACCCCCCCGCUCCUGUGUCGCCGCCAUUAGAGCCAUUCACAUCUGCAACAGAAAUGGGAAUUCCGGUGUUUAAAACCCACUAAAAGCCGCUUUGAUCCGGAGAUCGUCGUGGCGCUUGGGGUUUCAGAGGAAGGGGGAGAAAUAACAUGGGAGUUCGGCCGCAGAAUCGCUCUGCUGUCGCGGUAGAUUUUCGGCGCUGAGCUGGAUUUGGACCCGGAUCGGAUUGGGUUUCGGUCGGACAGACGUUCGGUUUGCAGAAGGGCGAACUCGGGAACGGUAGCGUUUGCAAACUGAAGUGUGGAGGGCACAGACAGGAGAAGCUGGAGGCACUGUGAGCGUGAGCGAGUGAAAGCAGGUGAAAAACGGAGGACUGGCGGGAGGGAGGGAGGGGGUCGAUCAGCUGCGGUGACCGGCGCGAGCGAGGAUGACAGAUUUUGGCUUGAAGUGGAGCUGCGAGUACUGCACCUACGAGAACUGGCCGUCCGCCAUCAAAUGCACCAUGUGCCGGGCCCAAAGGCACAACGCGCCCAUCAUCACCGAGGAACCCUUCAAGAGCAGCUCCAGCCUGGACCCGCAGCUCUGCACCACCCAGCUCAUCUGCCCUGACUCCAGCGCCCGGCCUCGGGUGCGGAUCGCCGACGAGCUGCCCGAGACCAGCAGCAAAUGGUCCUGCCACAUAUGCACCUAUCUGAACUGGCCCCGUGCAAUCCGCUGCACGCAGUGCCUCAGUCAGAGGCAGCAGGGCUCCCAACACGGCCCGCUCAGUCCGUCUGAAGCCCCACAGACCUCGGACUCGGGGUCCAGACCUACUCCGGUCACCUCGGAUCCGUGCGAGGAGUAUAACGAUCGGAAUCGGCUCAACAUGCGCGCGCAGCGUUGGCCGUGCUCGGCUUGCACCUAUGAGAACUGGCCGAAGAGUCUGAGGUGUGUGGUUUGUGACCACCCUAAACCCAGCGGUUCGCCCGAGGCGCCUCAGCAGGAUUCGGAGGCGGAGAGUGCCACGUCCCCGACAAUAGUGAAUGACCAGGAGCGGGAUAACCUGAGGACAGCGGGGGGAAGGGGAGGGAGCAGGCAGAGGAAACUCUCUCCACCUACAUGUAAAGGACAGGCGGAGGUGAAGAUCGAGCUGGCGUCGGGAGCGGUGGGCAGCGAUAACGAGCAGGAGGCGGACUUUAAAAAACUCAAACAGAUCCGGAACAGGAUGCGGAGAAGCGACUGGCUCUUCCUGAACGCCUGCGCUGGUGUAGUGGAGGGAGAUCUGGCCGCCGUGGAGGCAUACAAGUCAUCCGCCGGUGAUAUCGCACGUCAGCUGACCGCAGACGAGGUGCGGAUUCUCAACCGUCCAUCUGCGUUCGAUGCUGGUUUUACUCUGGUGCAUCUGGCCAUCCGCUUCCAAAGACAGGACAUGCUCGCGGUGCUGCUCACUGAGGUGUCUCAGCAGACUGCGAAGUGUAUACCAGCUCUGGUGUGUCCUGAGUUAACAGAACAGAUCCGCAGAGAGGUGGCGGCAGCACUUCACAGGCGUAAAGGAGAGUUUCCCUGUAACUUCCUCACUGACCUCGUCACCUUCACAUUACCAGCAGAUAUUGAAGACCUUCCCCCAAAUGUUCAAGAAAAACUCUUCGACGAGGUCCUGGAUCGAGAUGUACAAAAAGAGCUGGAAGAGGAGUCUCCCAUCAUUAACUGGUCUCUGGAGCUGGGCACACGUCUGGACAGCCGGCUGUAUGCUCUGUGGAACCGAACCGCUGGAGAUUGCCUUCUGGAUUCAGUGUUACAGGCCACAUGGGGGAUUUAUGACAAAGACUCUGUCCUGAGAAAAAGCCUCAACGAUAGCUUACACGACUGCUCUCACUGGUUCUACACGCGCUGGAAAGAGUGGGAGUCCUGGUAUUCCCAGAGCUUUGGUUUGCAUUUUUCUCUGCGGGAGGAGCAGUGGCAGGAGGACUGGGCCUUUAUACUGUCAUUAGCCAGUCAGCCGGGUGCGAGUUUAGAGCAGACGCACGUGUUUGUCUUGGCACACAUCCUUCGGAGGCCUAUCAUAGUGUACGGUGUGAAAUAUUACAAGAGCUUCAGAGGAGAGACGCUGGGAUACACGCGCUUUCAAGGUGUAUACCUGCCUCUGUUAUGGGAGCAGAGUUUCUGCUGGAAGAGCCCUAUCGCCCUGGGUUAUACUCGCGGACACUUUUCCGCCUUGGUUGCCAUGGAGAACGAUGGCUACGAUAAUCGAGGCGCGGGUGCCAACUUGAACACAGACGACGAUGUCACGGUCACUUUCCUGCCGCUGGUUGACAGCGAACGAAAGCUGUUGCACAUUCACUUUCUGUCAGCACAAGAGGUGAGAACAGCUCUGCUGACAUCAAAACACUCUUGGCUGGACGGUUACCGGCAGCUUGCCGCUUGUCCAACUCUCUCCGACGGAGAGGAGGAAGAGGAGGACGAAGACGAGUGAAGAACAGUCGGCGUUACUUGACACUACAACACAGCCCUCUCGCGUUCCCCGACACACAGAAACACACACCUCUAGCCCUGACCGAAAGACAAACCCGAGCUUUCCUUUUUGGUUUUUGUCCCUAAUACGACAAUUAAUUUGGGUUUGUUGCAAAAUAAAGGAAUGCAAUCAUGAUUGUAUUUGUCUUAACAGAGUAUGUUCUUUGCUUUCGUUUGUGUUGUUUUUAAUUUGCUGUUUCAAUGCUUAUAGUGAUGAGGAAGGAGUAGGCGAGAAAAAGAUAUUUAAAUAGGUAAAUUGCAGCAAUUUAAGCACCCUUUUAAAAACGUCUGGUUCAGUUUGUAACAGAACCGACGCAGAUGUCUAUUUCUAUUUGUGUAGCGUGACUAGACUGAGAUUACUAAAACAUAAUUCACUAUACGUUUGAAAACGAGCAUCGUCUACGAAUCACACGUAUGACUGUGACGAUUGCUUUUCUAAAUAAAGCCGUCGUUACGAGGAGAACGCAAGUGGACAUUUUAACUCGAUUUCUAACAGAUUUUCUGUAUUUAUCUGAAUAAUAGUUUGUGAGCCAUAGAAAUGAAUGCUUUUCCACUCACAUUGCCGUCACUUGUCGUCCCAUCUUUGAACUACGCUGCAAAGAAAAAGAGGCAUGUGUCAGUUUACUAUGUCCGUUGGAUGAGAUUUCAUGCCCUUUUUGGAAGGGAACAUUAUUUCAGCUUUUUUCCAAUGUGGUCCGUUCACUCUUUCAGUUGUGUAUUUUUGUGUGUGUCGUUUGUCUUUUGUGAAAUGUCUGCCACAGAUUUUUCAGUGCACGUUUUUUUUCACUCGGUUUCCAAAACCCUGUCAUCACUUUCAAAGACUUGAUGUAGACCAAAGUGAACAUUACGAGAGAUCUGUGGUGUGUUUUUGCAGUGCUAAUAUAACCGGUUAACUGCUUUGUUUUCCCCCGUUUUCAUCUCAUCACCUCCUGUAUUUGUGUUCGGUCCUUCUCACAUCUCUCAUCCUCAUGUUUUCUUUUCUUUUUUAAAUUAUGUGAUAGUUCUGCUACACUAUGGUAUAUUUGAUAGAUAAGGUGGAGACCAAACUUGGUGAUAUUGAAGACCUAAGUGUUUUGAAUGUCCAACUAUGAAACUAUUAUAAAACUUCAAAACAAAA